CGGGCAACGGCCAGUAGUAGUAUAUAACUGAUAUUGGCAGAUGCGAAACCGAAAGCCGCUUUAUUUCAAUUUUCGAUUUAUUUGUUUAUUUUUCUUUCGCGAAAAGGAAACAUUCUUCAAGGACUAUCGUCAUACAAAUUAUGUAUCCAUGAUGACGGACACGGGGUCGACAAGUGAUGUCACCGCCAGUGGAAUAACGCAUAUUAAAAAAGAAAUGGAUUCUAGCUUUCCGGAAUGUUCACCGUCGAAUAGUGAAAUGUACUCGCCAACUACUACGACAAUGAUACACGACAGUGGGAUUGAUUUUGCGACCGAGUCUGGGAAUCAAUACGAAGCAAAGUUACGAUCAUCCAGCAGCCCAGAAAGACAAUAUUGUUCAUCGACCACCCAACCGCAUACCGAAUCUGGCAUCAGUUCAAUAGAAAAUGGCAUGAAAGAAGAAGAUUCGCCACGUAGAUUAUGUCUUGUUUGCGGAGAUGUUGCAUCUGGAUUUCAUUAUGGUGUGGCCUCCUGCGAAGCAUGUAAAGCAUUUUUUAAACGGACAAUACAAGGUAAUAUCGAAUACACCUGUCCUGCAAAUGGAGAAUGCGAAAUAAAUAAAAGGAGAAGAAAAGCCUGUCAAGCAUGCCGAUUUCGCAAGUGUCUACGAUCCGGCAUGUUAAAAGAAGGCGUAAGACUGGACCGGGUGCGAGGGGGUAGGCAAAAAUAUAGGCGUAAUCCCGAGAUGCCCUACCAAAUUCAGGUGAUAUCCACACAAAGGCCAUCCGUAUCACUGGACGAUAUCAAAAUGUUGGAAGUAUUAGCACAAUGCGAACCAGACUUAUUAGAUAUAAAUACGACGUUAGAAAAUAUGAAAAACCGAUCACUGUCCAUUUUGAGCGACCUAUACGACAGAGAACUGGUCGGUAUAAUUGGCUGGGCGAAACAGAUACCCGGCUUCACGGAGUUGUCUCUCAAUGAUCAGAUGCGACUAUUACAGAGUACUUGGGCGGAAAUUCUCACGUUGACUCUCGCACAUAGAAGUUUGCAAUUAUUAGGAUUAGGUAGACUGAAAUUUGCGACGGAUUUCACUUUGGAUGAACGUCAGUCGCGUGAUUGUGGAGCAGCUGAUUUAUAUUUUACGUGUUGUCAUGUCGUGGAAAGGUUAGACAACAUUAGCAUUUUAAAAGAAGAGUACUAUCUAUUAAAAGCGUUAAUUUUAGCCAAUUCUGAUGUACAAUUGGUCGAAUCUAAUGCUUUAAAGAAAUUUAGAGAUUCUAUUUUAGUUGCAUUAUCGGAUACUGUUUCUAUAUUAAGGUAAGAAUCCAUCACUAUU